ACUGUAGCCAUGGUGGGCAUUUCUGUCUGUCUCGCAUUGAACACAGUUGACCAAUCACAACAGACUGGGUCAUAGGACCAAUCAUGGCAGAUUGGCCUCAUGUAAAGGAGCGGUUUGGGAACAAAUGAAUCGCUAAACAUAUCAUAUGGGAGUCUUUGUUUUAAAUAGGUAAAAAUAAAUGCAUAUUAUAAGACAAUGAAAGUUUUUUUUUUUGACCUUGCAUGCAUAUUAGCAUGUUGUUGGAGACCUUUUAUAAUGCAUAAUAGGGGCUCUUUAAGUUUCACAAAAGUUAAUUGACACAAUAUUGCAUUUAAAAUGAUAAUUCUAUGUACAUAAAAUCGCUGAGGGUGAUUGUAGUUGUGCUUUAUACAGCAGGACUCCUUCAGUACUCUGAGUAGAAGCAUGUCUAAGGUGGAGAGUUUUGAAGAGUCUGACCUGCGCUCACAGCUUCGAGCUUGUCGCACUGAGAUCGCGAUGGCAAUUCAUGACCCUUUCCCACUGCUGUAUGGACUGGCAGAUCACAACGUCAUCUCAGAACAGAUCCUGAGGGAGACUUUAGAGCGAAAGAAAAAGGACGGGAUCCACAAAGCCAUCUACUCGCUGCUCACUUUGCUGCUGGAUCAGGAUACUACGGUCCUUAAGGCCUUCUGGAAGAAUCUCUGUAAAGAGUACAACAAGGAGUGUUAUCCUAAACUGGAAACAGUGUUUAUGAACCUUCCCAAAGGUUUAAAGCAGGAGGUCAGACAAAAUGGGAACCCCAAGCUUGAGCUGCAGGCCCGCAGUCAGUCCGGCAAGAAGAGAGGGGUGUCUGAAAAACAGCUGACCCACAGGACACAUCACCACCACAGCAAGAAAUCCUUAACAUCCAGCUCUGGAAGCAAAGGCAAGCUGAUGAAGAAGACAGAUGGAGCAGCACAUUCUCAGGUCUCAGUGGGAAAUGGAGUCCAAGCAGUUUCCACCUCAGUCCAGAGGGCUGUGACGGUAUCUGCAGGUGAUCUUCCUGAUAGCUGCGGUACAGUGGAGGAGAUUCUCAUCCAGCAAGUCAUUGAGUCUGGAGGAGCCAAAAAAUGCAUCAAGGUUGGAGGAGAAUUCUACUCUUCUGGCAAACUGGAUGAGACAGCUGGAGCACAGCAGACGCAGACGCAGACUGCACACACCUCCAGUCACCAGCAGAGAGAGCCAAGCAGCAGAGGCAUGACUGUAGAGCACAAUGAUGAUGAGUGUGCAGUGUGUAAAGACGGCGGCGAGCUCAUCUGCUGUGAUGGGUGUCCUCGUGCCUUUCAUCUCUCCUGUCUGGUGCCCCCCCUCACCUCCAUACCCAGGGGUACAUGGCGCUGUCAGCUUUGCCAAAGCAACAGAUUGAAAGACAGGACAUACACACAUGUGCAGCCUCCAGCAACAGAGACGAGCUCUGGCUCUGCAGUGGAUUUCUCCUUCUUCUCCUCUCUGUCCUCUACUUCACUCUCCACAGUCUCAGCGAGCAGCAGCGCUCAAUCCAUGGGCCUCCAGUCUUCAGAUGGUGAAAGAGUUGGGAUCAGGAUGGCAUGUGGCAUCUGCUAUCUCACCCGGGGAGAGCUGAUCACCUGCCCUCAGUGCCUGCAGGCUUAUCACGCCCUCUGCAACUUCCCAAAUGGAAGGACAAGAUGUAGGAAUUGCUCCAGAUCUUGGGGCCCUGGAAAUGACAAUUCAUCUACGUGUAGGAGUCUUCAGUUGAGUCAACAUAUGAGUGAUCAGGGCUUAACGCCAUCAGAGCAGCUGCUCAACAGAGACGAGAUGGACUCAGUGAUGGGGGAGAGCUCUAUUGAUGGGAUCCUGCAGUGGGCUUUCCACAAUAUUUCACGUCCUCUUUCUGAGACCCAAGGCUAUUUCCAAUGAAGUUCACCGAUUCAUCUCUGCUGCGCCUCAGAUGUCAGUAUCAGGUUCAUUCUCAGUUUUAGAUGGACUGUCUUUAAGAAUAGAAAACCUUUAUCAUUUGAAGAAAAUGAAUGUACUGGUUUAUCCAUUUCUUUUUUCAGAGUUACAUUUGUUUUAUUGUUGUACAGUCCAGAUCUCAAAAGGUUGUUGCUACUAUGUGUUUGCUAAUUAUUUUUUGAACUCAAACUAAUUUUCAAGCUAAAUUAAACAAAUAAUGUUCAGUUUUAUGAUUCUUUUUGUGUCCAACAUUAUAAUGUAAGAAAAGAUUUAAUUUGAAUUAUAUAUGAAUAAGCAACCAUUAAAACCAUAAUACAGCUUUUU